GCAGCCGCACAAAUCCAUCUCCGCCACCGCCGCCCAGAACUCACGCGAACGCGCCCGCGCACCUCCCCUCCUCCAAUCCUCUACCUCCUUCCAGAUGCUGAGGGUUUCCCCGUCCCCGGCCGCCGCCGCCGCGGGCAACCAGUUCGCUGGUGCGGCCGUAGCCCCCGCUCCCGUUCCCGUCAGGGUCGCCGCGCCGCGCGGCGGCGUCUCGCCGUCCGCUGCAGCUGCGUGCAGGGCCUCCGGGAAGGGGAAGGAGGUGCUCAGCGGGGUCGUGUUCCAGCCGUUCGAGGAGAUCAAGGGGGAGCUCGCCCUCGUGCCGCAGACGCCUGACAAGUCACUCGCCCGACACAAGUUCGUGGACGAGUGCGAGGCCGCCCUCAACGAACAGAUCAAUGUGGAGUACAACGCCUCGUAUGCGUACCACUCCCUCUUCGCUUACUUCGACCGUGACAACGUUGCUCUCAAAGGAUUUGCCAAGUUCUUUAAGGAAUCGAGCGACGAGGAGAGGGAGCAUGCUGAGAAGCUCAUGGAGUACCAGAACAAACGUGGAGGCAGGGUGAGGCUCCAAUCCAUUGUGACGCCCUUGACUGAAUUUGACCACCCUGAGAAAGGCGAUGCUUUGUACGCUAUGGAGCUUGCUCUGGCUCUGGAAAAGCUGGUUAAUGAGAAGCUGCACAACCUGCAUGGUGUAGCAACAAGGUGCAAUGAUCCGCACCUGACAGACUUCAUCGAGAGCGAGUUCCUUGAGGAGCAGGUGGAGGCCAUAAAUAAGAUCUCGAAGUAUGUUGCCCAGCUGAGGAGAGUGGGCAAGGGGCACGGGGUGUGGCACUUUGAUCAGAUGCUGCUUGAGGAAGAGGCCUAAAGGAAGUAUGUACUGUGGGCUGCUCAAGGACUAAGGGUCCUGAAGGAAGGAAAGAAGUGUGAAAUGAUAAGGUUGAGGAAUAAUUGGCGGCAUGGACCAACUGACCAAGCCCUUGGGUGUAGGUGGGCUUGUAGAGGGUUUUGCAGUUGGGUAGGAUUUGUAGUUGUCGGGUGGUGUUGCCCUCCUACAGGGAACAUGGUGCACUGAAAUGCAGUAGAACAUGUGGUAUUAUUGCUACCUUCAGUUUGAAGUCUUUCUUGUUAGAAACAAAAUCCUUUGGGAUUUUGCUUAUUCAAAAUAAAACAUGGCGAUGAACGUGUUUGUCUCAUUGGCGAGAUGAUCAUUGUUAAUACUUGCUGUGUAAAGGGAUGUGGAGGAUUGUUUCUUAUUUGUAAAUCUAAAAGGUGUGGUAAACAUC